AUGAUUAAUAGCAAUAACGAAAAUGUUGAUCAAAGGCAUAGUACUCUGACGAAGAGGGGCUGUGGAUGCAGCAAAAAUGAUUUUUUGCCAGAGGAAUCGUUUACGAGCUGGGGAAGUUAUGCUCAGGCAUUACGUGAGACAAAAACGAGGCUUAAAAACCGCGUAUUGUCUCGUUCUUCGGACCAAUCAGAGCUCCAUGAAAUACGCGAUUGCAGCCAGCAUCAGAUGAAGAAGUCGUUGAACUGGUUUGAUUUGAUUUGGCUUGGUAUUGGUGCAGUUAUGGGUGCUGGUGUUUUUGUACUAACUGGUGAAGCUACUAAAAGCUUAGCUGGCCCUGCUGUUUUACUGUCUUAUGCUAUAUCAGGCAUCUCUGCUUUGCUUUCAGUGUUGUGCUAUACAGAAUUCUCAGUUGAACUCCCUGUUGCUGGUGGAUCAUUUGCGUAUCUGAGAGUGGAACUUGGCGAUUUUGUCGCUUUCAUUGCUGCAGGGAACAUUCUGUUUGAGUACAUUGUGGUUGGUGCUAGCGUAGCGCGAUCCUGGACUUCCUAUUUCGCGACUCUAUGUAACCACAAGCCUGAUGAUUUCCGUAUCAAUGUCUCGAGUCUUGCUGAGGGUUACAACCACUUAGAUCCUGUAGCAGUUGUUGUCUCACUGCUCAUUUGUGCAUGUGCUUGCAUUAGCAUGAAAGGGUCCUCGCGAUUCAACUCCAUUUUGACCAUAGUACAUGUUGCUGUCAUGGUUUUUGUACUUGUUGUUGGCCUAACUCAGGCUAAUUUGGCUAACUUUUCACCCUUUGCACCUUAUGGUGCUCGUGGCGUCCUGAAAGCAUCAGCUAUGCUCUUCUUUGCUUAUGUUGGAUUUGAUGGUAUCACAACUCUAGGGGAAGAGAUCAAGAAUCCAGGUAGGGAUAUUCCUGUAGGACUAAUAGGUUCUAUGGUGGUGGUCAUCAUAACAUAUUGCCUUCUAGCCGCAACGUUGUGCCUUAUGCAACCUUUUAAUCAAGUGGAUGUUAAUGCCCCUUUUACCAUUGCCUUUCAAGCUGUAGGGAUGAAUUGGGCAAAGUACAUAGUUGCAUUUGGGGCAUUGAAAGGGAUGACAACAGUUUUGCUGGCCAAUGUUAUUGCUCAAGCUAGGUAUUUUACGCACAUUGCAAGAACUCAUAUGGCCCCUCCAUUUCUUUCUGUAAUCAAUGAAAAGACAGGGACCCCUGUCACUGCUACAGUUGUAAUGACUGUCGCGAAUUGCAUAAUAGCCUUCUUCACAAGUCUUGACAUAUUGGCAAACCUCGUUUCAAUUGCCACGUUGUUCGUGUACUCACUGGUUCCCUUAGCACUUCUAGUGAGACGUUACUACGUGUCAGGGGAAACACCAGACAAGGAUAGGAACAAACUCAUCAUGUUCUUGGUUUUGAUCACAUUGUCCUCAAUUGGAUCGGGUGUUUUCUGGGCAAUCAGCGAGCACACUUGGUUAGGAUGCAUAAUUUGCGCUGGAGUCUGGUUUUUCACCACGUUGGGGCUAAAUUUUACACUCAAGGAAGCGCGAAAGCCUAAGGUGUGGGGAACACCAUUGAUGCCAUGGCUUCCAUCUGCUAGUAUAGCUAUUAAUGUGUUCAUCAUGGGCUCGAUUGAUGGUGCAUCAUUCGUGAGAUUUUCAGUUUGCACCGCGAUUUUGCUCAUUUACUACUUGCUUGUAGGACUGCAUGCUACCUAUGAUGGAGCCAAGGAAAUUGAGAGCAAAGGUACAAAUACUACUGACAUUGAAGCCAUUGCAAGGACAAAUGCCAAUGAGUAG